UUAUGGCUGGGAUAAGUUCUAGUUUCGUAGAGCUUGUAUAUCGCGUCGUGUACCGAAUACCUACACAAUUACGUACAUUAGACUUGCGUAGAGAUAUUGCCGUUCCCAUUUCUCCUUCUCUUUUCUUUACUUUCCCGUCCUUAGUCCACGCUAACGCGCCAACAUCGUGCUAGUAGAUCGAAUCGUAACGAAACGCGGUUUGAUCGACAGAUACCGGAGUUAGUGGCGGAAGAGGGACCGAGCUUGAGCAUAUCGCAGUUCGAAGAUCUGAUGGAGGACGACGCGAGUGGACCGAUCCACAGUCGCGAUCCGAUGCUCUCUUCGCCGCAUCUUCCACCUCUGAGCCCAGCACCGACCGGAUGUCAACACGGUCUACCGGACGAAGAUACUCUCGCCGGUGGUAUAAAAGUCGAGAUGAAAGUACCGAACGAGGCGAAAAUCGGAUCGUCGAUCGAGCUCGAAUGCGUAUGGCAAAUUCACGGACCAAGCGGACUUUAUUCGGUGAAAUGGUACAAGGACGAUCACGAAUUCUUUCGAUACGUACCGGACAAUGAUCCCAGGAUACAAACGUUCUCGCAACCCGGUAUAAACGUCGAUAACAGAUGGAACACCGAAAACUCGAUCAGACUGAAAGAGCUGGAAACGAAGAGUUCUGGCCAAUAUAAAUGCGAGGUGUCUACGGAGGCGCCGUCGUUCGCCACCGUCUAUCGAACGGCUAAUUUGACCGUGAUCGCGAUGCCCGAAAGAGGUCCAGAAAUUACAGGCUUAUCUCCGCGUUAUACGAUCGGAGACGAUCUCACGGCGAACUGUACCGUCUGGCCGUCCGUCCCAACGGCUGCUAUUCGUUGGCUAAUCAACGAAAAACCGAUCGCCGCGAAGCAAACGAUCCAAUAUUCGACAAUGGAAAUCAGGAAGAAGAAGGAAAGAGAGCAGAGGAAUGAGGAAACGUCGACUUCCGCGACGACACCGAACGCUCUGGGAUUACGAGUGAAACUGGAGCCGUUGCACUUUGAAGGAGUACGCGAAAAGUCGGUGAUCGCGAUAAAAUGCGUCGCGCGAGUCGGCUCGUAUCUGCUCGCGACGGAAAAACGCGUCUCGAUGAACUACGCAAACAAGCAACGAUUGAGCGCCGAUAACGCUCGCAGCGAAGCUCACGGAUGGCAUCGUGUCCGCCCCACCGAACGUUUUUCGCUUCUGUUAAUCUGCUAUUUUUGUUCUCGUUUGCGAACGAACGACCGAAUGGUCGAACAAAACGAGCAAAACUAACAUAAAACCAAUGGAGUAGCCUUUGAGAGUUGGCGAGCGAACAGAGCGCUUCCGCGCGUAGUCGCCUCGAUAUCGAUUCGUUCGUUCGCGUCUAGCUGUGAUAUUAAAUAUAAGGUGUUCCAGGUCCGUCUAUGCGAAUUUCACCGGACCCGAACCAUUCGCUCGUUAAUUAGUUUUUCGCGUUUUUCUCCGUUAGAUACGUUAGAUACGUUAGACACGUUACAUAGGAGAGGGAUCGGUAUCGGUACCGGGCGAAUCUAUCGAUACAGGUAAUCGAAUAACGACGAAUAAACGAACAAGCAUGUACUCUGGGACCGAUUCACCCGACGAACGAUCGAUACCAAGUGUCUACGAGCACCGAGAAUUAUAACUUUUCCCACUCGCUUUUCCCUUUCCUCGUAACCGCGAGAAAUUAUUAACUCAACCUUUUUGCAAUAACAUCGAAACAGAUAAUAAUCUGUCACGGAAUCUUGCGGUAGAAUAUAAGCGAAUAAAAUUGAUUAGAAUAGACGCCUACCGCCAAGUGAAUCCGAAUGGAUUACAUUUCCCGUGAUUUUGCCGAUGCACCGUUAAAUCGUUUCGAUUCGAAAAAACGAGAUAGCAGGUAGCUCCUCGAAAGAACGAUAAGAAUGUGCGGCUAAACGCACGAUACGAUCUUAUUAUUAUUUGUACAAGAUCGUUUCGAGAUAAAUCAUUUUGAUAGAUCGUACUGUUGCGCGAAUGUGUCGAAAUUCCGGCUCGAGUUUACGGCUUCUUACGCGGAAAAUAAAAGAAAUUAAGCGACCAA